AUGGAUGUUGAACGACCGAAAUCGGUCGCUUUUCUGUGUUCAAUUCGUGUCGCAGUUGCAUUUGUUGGAUUUCUUGGUAUGAUUGCACAUUAUUCACAAAAGAUUAGUGUUGGUAUUGCUCUUGUUUGCAUGGUCAAUCAUACUGCUAUUAAUAUUGGGAAAAAUUCUAUAGCUAUGCCAUUAACACAAGCUGAUAUUUAUUGUCCACGUCUGAAUAAUACAAUUAAAAUUGAAGGUCCAUAUCCUUGGACGAAGAAUGUUCAAGGUCUUGUUUUAGGAGGUUAUUUUUGGGGAUAUUUAAUUACCGAAGUACCAGGUGGAUAUUUAGCUGGUCGAUAUGGUGCUCGAUUUAUAUUUGGUGGAGCAAUGAUUAUUGCUGGUGCUUUCUCAGUAGUGAUGCCAUGGGGUGCAAGUAUACAUUGGGGAAUACUUUGGUUUUUACGAUUAGUUGUUGGACUUGCACAUGGAGUUAUAUGGCCUAGUAUGGCUGUAAUUAUGUCACAUUGGGCACCACCUAGUGAAAGAGGAAAACUUGUUGGUUUUAUGAAUGCUGGUGCUCAAAUUGGUAAUGUUUUGACUUUAUCUAUUGGUGGUCUAAUGUGUUCAUGGAGUUUUGCUGGUGGUUGGCCAUUAAUCUAUUAUUCUACAGGCAUUAUGGGUUUAGUAUGGGGAAUAUUUUGGAUUCUUUUUUAUGCUGAUUCACCUCGUGAUCAACGUUGUAUUAGUGUUCAAGAAAAAGAAUAUAUUCUUGAUACAAUACAACAACAAUUAUCAAAUCAUAGUAAAAAUGAAUUUCAAGCUCCAUGGAAAGCUAUUUUAACAUCACGUGCUUGUUGGGCACUUUUUAUUGUUCAUACAUGUAAUAAUUGGGGUACAUAUACAUUUCUUACAUCUAUACCAAAAUAUAUGGCUGAAGUAUUAAGAUUCGAUAUAAAAUCAAAUGGAUUACUUUCAUCUUUACCAUAUCUUCUAUUUUGGUUAAAUAUAAAUAUAUCUGGUUUCCUAGCCGAUAUGCUUCUUCGUAAACAAACUUUAUCAAGAACAAAUAUAAGAAAAUUAUUUAACGUAUUAGGAAAUUUAUUACCAGCACUAUUUGUUAUUGGAUUAGCAUUUAUGACAUGUAAAAUUAAAUAUUAUGCCGUAGCUUUAUUAACAAUUGGUGUUACUUUUACUGGUUGCUGUUAUGGAGGAGGAUUUAUGCUUACAGCAAAUGAUAUUGCUCCAGCUUAUGCAGGAAUUAUUUUUGGUAUUUCAAAUACAUUUGCUACAUUACCAGGUAUUAUAAGUCCAUAUAUUGUUGGUGCUCUCACAGAAAAAGAUCCAAAUAAUUGGCGUUAUGUAUUUUUUAUUUGUGCAGCAGUCUAUAUCAUUGGUAUGGUCGUAUUCUUAGUAAUCGGUUCUGGUGAAGUACAACCAUGGGCAUUACAAAAUACAGCUGAUAAGACUAUACCAGAAGAAGUACCUCUCUCAGAAGAAGCUGCUGCUACUCGAUCAUCAAAGAAUUUCAAUGAACAUUAA